AUGGCUAAUUGGCUCAAAGGAUUUAAAGGCAUGGUGGAGAAGAUCAAGAGUUCUCUCAAAAUCUCUCAAUCCAAAGAAUCACUCGUCGUCCUCACUGUCCCUGAGUUCAUCGCCGCCGGCGAUCACCUCAUCGCAGAAUGCCCCGAUUGGUCUUGGGAUUCUGGUGAAUUGAGCAAAGUGAAGUCCUAUUUACCAUCGCACAAACAGUUUUUGGUCACAAGAAGUGUUUCUUGUCUGCGAAGGGCUUCCUCUUAUGAAGAUGAAUAUAUGAUUGUUGGUGAUGAUGGUGAAGAUGACAGUCGGCCUCUUUUUCAAGAGAAUCCAACUGAGUCUGUGGAGGAGGUUAACUUGCAUUCACUCCUAACUGAUUCGUACUUUGGUGUUGGUAACAAAGAAUAUACUCCUGAUAUGGAAAAGUGUAUUGGAAUCUAUUCUGGAACUCAGGAUUCUACUCACCCCAUGGUCCAUGAGCCUGAAGACAAUGAUGUCGCAUCCCCACGAACUUAUGACAUUAGCAUCACGUAUGACAGAGAUUAUCAGACCCCCCGUUUUUGGCUUACUGGAUAUCAUAAGUAUCGGAUGUGCCUGGAACCAGAACUUAUUCUUGAAGAUGUUAGGCGGGAUCUCGCAGGCAAAACAGUAACUAUUGAAGACCAUCCUCAUUUGCUUGGGAAGCAUGCAUCUGUACACCCAAGAUAUCAGGGAGCUGCAGUGAAGAAAAUGGUUGAUGACUGUUUGUCACGUGGGAUUGAGCUAGAAGUUCGCAAGUACCUUUUACUAUUUCUGAAAUCCGUUGCUUCAGUAUUUCCAAGUAUUGACUUUGGUGACACCAUCGACUUUGAGCUGAAGCAACCAAUCUGAAAGCCACCAAUAUGCAUAAUAGAAAUCUCCAUGGAGAGUGUACGCACUUCAGUAUAAGAAAGCGAUCCCCAUUUCUUUUA